CCACGCACAUAUACCCAGCAGCACCCGUCUGCUCGAGCCUGUUGCUGCUCGCUGCCCUACGCGAUACAUUCGCCGCCUCCAGCCACGACCGCGCACUCCCGCUCUCCGCCACCGCUCGCUUGCAAUUGAUCGGCGAGCGCAUGUCUCAUUCUUGACUGAAGACUCACCGCACUGUCUCGCAGCUAUAAGACCGUGCAACACCACCCCGCCCGCACCUUCCCCAACCCCCCCAAAACCCCCAAAACCCCAACUAUGGAUGAACCCCUACCCGACCAUUUCAAAGCACUGGGCGUCGAGAAGACCGCCGAUGCCUCAGCCAUCAAGAAGGCGCAUCGCCUGCUGGUGCUCCACUGCCAUCCCGACAAGGUCACCUCGACGGAUCCCGCAGUGAGGCAAGAGAAGGCCGAGCUGUUCCACAAGAUCCAGAAGGCCUACGAAGUGCUCAUCGACGAGACCGAGCGCGCCAAGUACGAAGCCAGCAUCACCCUCGAAGCCCUGCGAAGAGAGAAGCUCGCACGAGGAGGCGCCACCGCAAGCCGCGAGAAGGCGACGCGAUUCGAGUCCCGCCCGUCCGCCAACACGUCCAGCAACCGCUAUGCCACCGAGGAGCGCAGACCGACGGCCGCCUACGCCGACGACGACAAGUACUACGACGACCGUGACCGCGAGCGUGCACGUGCGAGCACCCGCAGCAAGUAUGAAACAUACUCUGCAUACCCUCCCAAGACUGGCUCAACCCCACGGACCGAGAAGGAGUCAUCGAGGACCACCAAAGCCACCGCCGACCGGACGCGAUCUGACCGCACCAAGACGCGUGACAAGGAAGAUCGCCGCAACCACAAGUUCGUCUCUGUCGAGAGCGAGUCGUCGUCCGCAGAUGAGAAGGCACGCUACGAAGCAGGCUACAAGCGCCGCAGCCAGGAAGAGGAGGUGCGACGACAGAGUGCCGACACCCGCCGCAAGCCUGACGAGCGACGCUCAUACGAGGACCCGCGCUACGAGACUCCGAGCGCCCGCAAGAUGAGCACACAGGCCGAAGAGGCCAUCCGCUACCUGCAUAAGUCGCGCGAACAGGUCCAAGCUGAGAUGCGUCCCACCAUGGACCGGACGACAUCGCGAGACUACUACGAGGGUAGUCGCUCAUCACGCCCCAAGGAAUCACGCCCCGAGCCCGUGCGCAGGUCCUCUGCCCGACCCAAGGAGCGGACAACCUCAGGCCGCGAACGAGAAGGCCGAGACCGUGACCGUGCCUUCCCUGAAAUUGUCGAUUGGGACGGUGACGAGAGCUCAUCGAGGCGGAUGCCUCCUCCGUUGAAGCAACACACCUCUUCGCCUGCAAAGAUCGAAGUUCCGCGCGCUACGCCGGAACGCCGCUACACUGAGGCUCCGUCCCGUGACAAGCAUGCCUCGACUUCGCCACCCCCAGCCUUCCACCGUUCGCAAACCAUGCCAUCAACGGUGCCGCAUGCAUCUUCGCGCAGCAAACCCGCCUCGGUCCCGCGCCCCUCUGGACUGCGAGAAACCAUGACUCCCGAGCACAGCAGCCCGGAGGCAUACCCAUCUGUACCGCCACCCCAGCCUACCUCUGCCAGUAAGACCAAGUACUACCACUACCCCACACCAAACGGCAGCGUCCCUCUCCGCCAAGACGACCUUCUUGCAGGCAGCCACCGCACCGUCCUCCGCGAGCCGCCAAGCAGCCAACGCCACCGCUCGCCAGAAGCAAUUCCCCUUGGUCGCCCCCCGAUCGGCGCCAACCGCCCCUCGGAAGCCAACAUUUCCAAGACAUCCAUGCCACCGCCACCCAUGGGUCGCUCCAGCUCCUCGCCCAUCCGCGAAGAGCAGCGCGGCCGCUCCGGACGCCCUCUGUACGGCGAAAUGCGCAGUGACUCAUACGCCUCGCAACAGCGACCUCGCCCCGUUCGCCAGUCGAGUUUCAACCCCAAUGAAGUGCAGUACGCGCCCAAGUACGGCCCUGAAGAUGUCAGAUGGGCGCCUCGCGGCCGCGAGAACGAGCGCAGCGAUUACGGCCCGAGUAAGCCCACGUUGGGCAGGACUGCUACGUAUGUUUACUAG